AAUUCCGCGAUAUGGCAUUGCUGCCGCAGCCAAAAAGACAAUUGCAGAAAGUUUUUUUCACAACAAAAAGCCACCGAAAACCCUUGAAUUAAACAACAAAUGCGUGCCAAAAGCGCAGCGAAUCUCCACUGAGCCACCGUUGUGCGUGUGUGUGUGCGAGGGCGUGGCAAAAGUGGGCGCACAACAACAAAACAGGCCGAGGAGCAGAGAGAGAGCAGAGCACCCAAGCAGCGCAGUUGCAGCGCAGCAGGGGCGAGCAGAGGCGGCGGCAGAGGGAAAAGUCGGGCAUUUUCAGCUGCAAUUCGUCGGAUUGUUUUACCAGCCAGCCAGGUUGGUUUCCCUCUAUUAUGGACAAGAAAUCCUCGCCGGUGCGACGACAAAAGCGGCAGGCGAAGGUGAUCGAGGAGAACUUUUGGGAUUGCAGCGUCUGCACGUAUAGAAACUCGGCGGAGGCCUUCAAGUGUCGCAUGUGCGACGUGCGGAAAGGAACCUCCACGCGCAAGCCGCGCCUGAACUCAGCGCUAGUCGCACAGCAGGCCGCCACUUUGCCGGGCGCCAGCGCCAACAUGCCCAACGGGAAGUCCGCCUCCGGAUCGCGGCAUGGCAGCGGGCACGACCGGCAGCGGCACAAGCGGUACCCGGCCCGGUUGAAGAACGUGGACCGGUCGACGGCGCAGACGCGCGAGGUGACGGUCAACUCGGUGACCGUGUUCAUCACAGAGUACAAGGCCAAGCCGGUGAGCAGCCGGCGCGAGUCCAGCGAGCAGAGCUUCAGCGAGAGCAACGACAGCCGGAGUUAGAGGGGGCGGAGGACUCCAGGCCCCCACGCCCAGCUCCACGAUAUUCUACGCCACGGUUCCCGGUCCCCUGUUACAAGUUGUAAAUUCUAAGUGUUAGGCCCCUGGCGAUAACAAUUGUAAAUCGAAAUCCGUUUAAGUUACCAAGUAUUAGGCCACGUUUAAAGCCCCAGAAAGCCACGCCCCACAAGUUCAUGACUUCCAGCCCAGGCCAAGAUGGCGAAGCAAAGCGAAGCGACGGCGAGUCGAUUGCAUUUACACGACGCUCUCCAAAUCCAAUCUUUAAAUGCGCUAAACCCUGUAUAUAGCGAUGCAUGAGUUCCCUGAAUAUCUCUGUCUCGUAUCGUAAUUUUAGUUGUAAUUUAAUUCUGCUACUCUAAUUCCUAAUUUAUUGAUGAAAAGGCAACUAUGUAUAACCGCCGUGUACAUGUUCAACAAAGAUAUCAUUUGUUUUGUAAGUGUCCAAUUAAAAUAUGGUUUAACUAA